CCGGUGUCGGCUGCGGUGUCUGGAGGACUGGUUGCGGUUUUGGCUCCUGCGGGAACAGCGCCCUGCUGUUGAGCGGCGAUUCUAGACUGCACCUGAGCAUUCAGGCUGCUGACGUGGCACUGUGUUGACAUGCCCCUUGCUGACGUGGCUCUUGCUGAUGUGGCAGAUGCUCACAUGGCACUUGCUGACGCAGCAGAUGCUGAUGUCGCAAAAGCUGACGUGGCACUUGCUGACGCGGCACUCACCCAGCCGAGAGAAAACAAGAACAGUGACCAGUUUGUGAAGGCAUGCAGCCCACUUCCAAUCGAUAAUGGCAGACGCCAACUCCCCCUGGAGAACAGAAAGAGAGGAAGAUCAGGAGAGAUGGGUCUUGUCAAGGAGAUGGAGCUGGAAAAUGAGGGGAGGAGGAGGGAGAUGAUGCUGGCAAGGAGAGAGUUCCAAGGUGGUUGCCACCCUCUGUCUUUGCAGGUCCUUCCGGUGCAGCAGGCCUAUGACUCCGCGGAGCAUAUGCCGAACACUCGUCACAGAUUAGUGAAAGAAAAGGAAAAGCGCCCGUGGGAGCAACAUGGGCGUCUAUUGCCAUCUCCUGUUUUUGUGGUUGUGAAUGAGGGGGAAGCGGACGUGCCUGCCGUGGAAGAGUUCACACCAACAGGCUGCAAGUUUGCCCCUAGGCCACUGAUGGAAGAUUGUGAUGAGGAGGGAAUGCCUUCUGUUCAAGAGCUGGUGGAAGAAGACUGGCCAUUGCGGGGUGAGCAGAAGCGCUCUGAGAAUGUUGUUGCUUCGGAACAUGGUCCUGCUCUCCAGCAGGAGGCCCUGCAUGAUGGGGACAGUGGUGUGGGGAUAACAGAUGAGAGACAACAUCUGAGUGCUGGAAAUGAACAGAGACAUGUUCAGCUGCUUGCAGAGGAGGCAGUAAUCAGCCUCAGUCAGGAGGCCAAAGAGGGAGAGGCAGUACUGCCGCUAACCACUGCCGGGGUGGAAGGAGAAGACAGUGAGAAGUCGGAGGAGAAAUGGCUGGUCAUGACCUUUGCUAGCGAGGGCGAGAGCUGUUUGGCACCGAGAGGGGAUAUGCCUCGGAUUGCAGAUGAAGAAGAGUCACAGACACAGUUAAGUUUUGGAUCACGGAGGAAUGCGGCAAUACUCUCCUGUGCUGGCAGCUCCAUUGACACCCUGGUGGUGAAGCAAGACACAGAGGAAGUGGAUUUUGGUGAUGAUAGCUUCAGCAUGGUUAUUACUGACCUCACCAAAGUCAUGGGGAAAGCAGUGCCAGAGGACCAAGGUGAAGGCAAUUUCACAGGGGAAGUGAUCGCAAGGGAGGAGGAGAGGGUGCAGUCAAAGCAUGUGAAGCAGGACAUGAAAGUACCGCUGCAGAUCCAGGAGGAAACAGCGGCACAGGAAGGGCAGGACAGGGAGGAGCACAGUGAGUCGCAAGUGGUGAUGAAGGAAGCGCAAGGGAAGGGACAUAUCAGUAAAUUGACACCUGCAGACGUGAAAUUGCCAGUUUAUGAAGGAGGCGCUCUGGUUGAGAAUGAACGCUCGGUUAUCAGCCAGGAUCGUAAACUGGUUUCCCGUGAGCUUCAUCGUGGAUGUAAUGAUUGCAGUGCUGAAGAAGAGGCUGAUGGGAAACCCUCACUUACCAUUCUGGAUCAAUUUGAAGCAGAAGCAGUCUAUCCUGUUGUUGGCGAAGACGCAGAAAGCAUGACCGACAGCAACAAGAUGAAUGCGGCCAACAUCCUCUCUUCAUCUGCCUUCUUCUCGGACAUCGACACGAGUAUGAACGCUGAUGAGGUGUUGGCCGUGCCAGAUGAUGGCACACCGGAAUUGCAGGCCGAAUUGUCACUGUUUGGUUUCUCCGUCCUUUCUGAGGAGGAGGUCAUGGAGGCAAUCCAGGUGGACGAGAACGACUUUGAGAAAGAAAUGGUUGAGGUCUCUAUGAUCUCCGUGGAGGAGGAGGAGGAGGAGGAGGAGGAGGAGGAGGAGGACGGCGAGGAGGAAGAUGCAGAUGGUGAUGAGCUCUUGGAGUGCACGGAAGUGGGAACUGCAGUUAUAGACACCAAUGUAUCCUUCCCAGAAUCAAGGAUCUUCUGUCCUAUAGCACAGGGAGGGGAGGUCAAUCGAGCAAUAGAGCUAAUUGGCCAUGCUGCCGAAUGCCAAGCUAUGGGGGUCGAUGAUGUUGCCAUCGAAAAAAGCGCUCCAGUUUCAUCUGUGGAAAAGAGUGCGCCAAUCUCAAGUGUUGAUGUUGCGAGUUUAGAUCAACUGGCAGAAUGUGCCACCAUGUUGGCCAACCCAGAAAUUGAUAGUGGGAAAGUGGAUGUGAUCUUUCAAUUCGUUGGAGGGCGCUGCAGCUCUCCUAAGGGUUUGCGGGCCAGUCGGUUCCCGAAUGAAACAGGAGUGCUCACGACUGAACAAACCACGAGGAUGACAUCUGUACACGAGUCCUUUUGGCCCAGGGGUGACCCCGAUGGCUGUGAGCAGAAUAAACAGGUCAGGGUGGAUCUCUCUCUCUCUCCCUCCAGUGAUCCUUUUGUGCCAGUUUGCGAAGUGGACACAUCUUCCUUUGUUCUGGAUGGUGAGUCGGAUAGAGACAAAGAUGGCUGUAGCUGUUUAUCUGAUAACGGCGAAGAAACAGAAGAAAUAUCGAGUGAAUUGCCUUUCAUGCAUUUGAAAACCGGAACCCCUGUUUUGGGUAAAAAUUCUUCUAGUAAGAAAAGGCAACAGGUCUUGGAAGAAGAUGAAUCAGAUAUGGACUGGGUCUGUUCCAUUGAGGCACACCUUAUGCAGUUGGGGGCAGAGAAGAAGGAGACUGGGAGCUGUGAAGAAGCUGUGAUCUCUGUGACCUCUGUCCAUGGUGGAAAUUUGAAAAUGAGGCACACUUCAUAUUACGAGGAGGAGAAACAGUUAAGAGAUGAGGGCCGAGUUGUACCAUUUGCGAUGUCUGUUGCCUCAGGCCAGGGUACAGUGAUGCGGAAGGAAGAGGAGGAACUCAGUGCUGUGGAGGAAUCUGCACGCAGUUGCUUAUCCUUUGAUGACAAUGAGGAGGAGGACGGAGGGGAGAAGGACAUGGGAGCAGAAAGUACCUCUCCUUUUGCUCUUGAUGGCAAGAAUGGCUGGACGACGCCCAAGUUGGAGGCACCGGAGGAGCAGGCCGAGGAUUUAUUUUCUCAAGGAGAGGACCUUGGGUUGCGGCCGGGUGAGAAUGGUGGAGAUGAUGACCGUGAUGGUGCAGAUGGAAGUGUGCUUCCGUUAAAUGUGGCUAAGGAUGUGCCAAUCAGAAGGGAUGGCAGCAAUUCUUCUAAAGCCUCCUCCAUUCGCUAUUCAGAGCAACCGAUACAAGUCUCUCUUUCUCCUACUCCUCGGAUGUGUGCAGUACCUUGUGAAGUGCGAACGUAUGCAACUGAUUCCUGGGAGGCUUCUGAGGGGAAAAACCGUUCAGCGGAUGAAGACAUGUGCUCCAGAGCACCCAGCAAUGAUGAAGUGCUGCACUCUGAAAGGGUGGGGGAAAAAGAGCGACAGAUGGACUCAACAAGGUCUACCUCCUCAGCAUGUGGAUGCUCCCUACCUCAGCCAGAGGUGGCUGACAAGCAGUUGAGGGGGGAUGGAAGCAAGCCAGAUGAUAGUGGGAAUGACCUCGGGAUGGAUAGUGAGAGUAUGAAACACAUGGAAACAGAUGCUGCGCCGAUUCUGAGGCAUCCAGAAUCUAUCGAGGUGCUGGAUCAUUUACGGGAAGUCGCAAAGUCGUGGGAUAGUGGCAGAGACACAGCCAAAAAUGAUGUCCAUAUUCAGAAGCAGCAAAUCAUGAACCAUGAUAGACAUGAAAACAGUGGUGAUAACGACGAUCAAAUGGUUUCUGGCAGAAACGCGAUGGCUAAGGUGCACGAGACCACGAGGAGGCAGCAAGAUCAGCAGCAGGCUGUCACAUCAAUGUACUCACCGUCUGCCUGCUCGACAGCGUCUAGUUGCGGUACGCAUGAUUCUCUGGCUUGCGCAGACGGAACCCAUUAUGAAGAAGGGAGGUGGGAUGAUUCUACCUCUGCUGUUAGUGGUGGCGAUGCCAUUGACAAAUUCUCCUUCUGGAGGAAAAAGAGCAAGGGAGCUGCUACAUCGCCUUUGCAACCUAAGUCUGGCAGCCUUUGUGUGAAUGUGGGGAGGGCCCCAAGGGAGAAGGAUUCCGCCACUCCAGCCUUGUGCGGACUUCUUGGUAGAAGGUUUGGGAAACAGCAGCCUAAUGUUCUGUCUGUUCUCUGCCAUAGUGGGGAGCCAGAGAGGCCUGCGGGCCACCGGGCUCAGGUCACUAUGGGAAGUGGGAAUGGAAAGGAGAACGCUGUUUUGCGGGAUGGGAAUGCUUUGGCGGAAGAAACCAGCGUGUCCACGAGUGUUAUGACCGAAGAAAUCUCCAAAUCGACACACUGGACUGAUCCAAAGGUCAAGCUCAGCAGAGCAAUCAGGUGCUCAAUUACAGCCGCUGCUGUGGCAGUUAAACCCCCAACACCCAAAAUGUCCGCAGGCUCAAAGAACAGUGUUGUCAUCUACGGGUUGUUUGAUGAGGAGGAUGAUCCAACGGCCCAUCCUCGCCUUGAGGAGGAAAAGCAACCCAUUGUCAGAACGCCAACGCGAGUUGGCGUCAGCGUCCGCAACCUUGUCAAAGCUUGGGAGAAGGAGGUUAAGACAGACGAUUCUACUCCUGUUCACAACAGUUUGUGCAAGCAAGUGAGCAGUGUCGUGUGCCGAUGCGGUGAUAUGAUUUUGCACCUACGGGUUUUCACAGCAACGUAUCGCAUUCCUGACGCUGCCGUGGUUUUGGAACUAUGCUUUGACUGCAAUACUGCAAAGUCAUCCGAUCCAUUAAGUUCUCGCAAGCUACAUGUGCAUGGGCUUUUCCUGAGGUGUUGGGCGAUUGCGAUGCAACUCAAGUGGGCUUGGUUGGAGUCGAGGCUAGCUCUCAACUGCCUGUGCAUUGUCUCGGCCGUAGUGGUUAAGAUACUUGUCUCUUGUGGCCAAGGUCGCCGGUUCAAACCCAUACUUGCACGGCGGAGGGCUUAUAGGCCUAUUUGUGCGGAUCAUGAACUGCUGAACUGCAUUGAAGACUGGAGACUCAGUGAAGAGUUCUACCUGUGUUUCUUCGUGAAGGGUGGCAAAAUGGUUCUGUGUCUGCUUUUUGCAGUAAUGAGCAGCGUUUCGAGAUCGGUUCUCUCCUUGCUGACAACUGGACACCAUGAGUGCAAUUGCGAGGGCGAACUCUGGAGACCGAGAUGAUGCCAUGGCAUUCCAUCGCAUCAGUACGGGGGAAAGGAUGUUUUCCUUCCACAAGUUGGAAGUUACAGUGGCCUCCGACUCUC